AUGGCGAGUUCUGGUCCUAAACAGGCGCCCAAAAUGUCGAACAAGGCAUCGGCGGGAGGCGCCGGGGCCGCGGGGGCCAACGGUGCGGCCCCGGCCGUACCCCUCGCCUCUCCGCUCAUGGGGAAAAAGAAGAAGCCAUUCCUGGGGAUGCCCGCUCCGCUCGGCUACGUCCCCGGUCUGGGCAGAGGUGCAACUGGUUUCACCACCCGAUCAGAUAUUGGUCCUGCUCGUGAUGCCAAUGAUCCAGUGGAUGAUCGGCAUGCACCCCCCGGGAAAAGGACGGUUGGGGACCAAAUGAAAAAGAACGAGGAGGAUGAAGAAGAUCUCAAUGAUACCAACUAUGAUGAGUUCAAUGGAUAUGCAGGUAGCUUGUUUUCCAGUGGACCCUAUGAGAAGGACGACGAAGAAGCAGAUGCUAUAUAUGCUGCACUAGACAAGAGGAUGGAUGAAAGACGCAAAGAAAGAAGGGAACUGAGAGAAAAGGAAGAAAUUGAGAAAUAUCGUAUGGAGCGACCCAAGAUACAGCAGCAGUUCUCAGAUCUAAAGAGAAAGUUGGCCGAGGUGUCAGAAGAAGAGUGGCUGAGCAUCCCUGAGGUGGGAGAUGCAAGGAACAAGCGACAGAGGAAUCCCCGCUAUGAGAAACUCACCCCUGUCCCCGACAGCUUCUUCUCCAAACACCUGCAGACCGGAGACAAGCACACCAGUGUUGACCCUCUGCAAGGGCUGGCAGGUCUGAACACCCCUUACCCUGGAAGCAUGACCCCCGGUCUGAUGACGCCAGGGACAGGAGAGCUGGACAUGAGGAAAAUUGGUCAGGCCAGGAACACACUCAUGGAUAUGAGGCUCAGUCAGGUCUCUGACUCAGUGAGUGGACAGACAGUGGUGGAUCCUAAGGGUUACCUGACAGAUCUCAACUCAAUGAUCCCCACACAUGGAGGAGACAUUAGUGACAUCAAGAAGGCUCGUCUGCUGCUGAAAUCAGUGAGGGAGACCAAUCCCCAUCACCCACCUGCCUGGAUUGCCUCUGCCAGGCUGGAGGAGGUGACUGGCAAACUACAGGUGGCGAGGAACCUGAUCAUGAAAGGCACCGAGAUGUGUCCUAAGAGUGAGGAUGUGUGGCUGGAGGCAGCCCGGCUCCAGCCUGGGGACACGGCUAAAGCCGUGGUAGCCCAGGCCGUCCGUCACAUGCCGCAGUCCGUCCGCAUCUACAUCAGAGCUGCAGAGCUGGAGACAGAUGUCAGGGCCAAGAAGCGAGUCCUCAGGAAGGCCCUGGAGAACGUGUCCAAGUCAGUUCGACUGUGGAAGACGGCUGUUGAGCUGGAGGAGCCAGAGGAUGCCAGGAUCAUGCUCAGCCGAGCGGUUGAGUGUUGCCCUACGAGUGUGGAGCUAUGGCUGGCACUGGCCCGGUUAGAGACGUACGAGAACGCCCGUCGUGUCCUGAACAAAGCUCGAGAGAACAUUCCCACUGAUCGCCACAUCUGGAUCACCGCUGCUAAGUUGGAGGAGGCCAAUGGCAACGUUCAGAUGGUAGAGAAGAUCAUCGACAGAGCCAUCACCUCUCUGCACGCCAACGGUGUAGAGAUCAACAGAGAGCAGUGGAUAACGGAUGCAGAGGAGUGUGACAAAGCAUCCAGUGUGGCUACCUGCCAGGCUGUGAUAAGGGCCGUCAUCGGGAUUGGUAUUGAAGAGGAGGACCGCAAACACACCUGGAUGGAGGAUUCGGACAGUUGUGUGUCCCAUGGAGCGCUGGAGUGUGCCAGGGCCAUCUACGCCCACUCUCUGCAGGUGUUCCCCAGUAAAAAAAGUGUCUGGCUCAGAGCUGCCUACUUUGAGAAGAACCACGGCACCAGAGAGUCUUUGGAGGCUCUGCUCCAGAGAGCUGUGGCUCACUGUCCCAAGGCCGAGGUGCUGUGGCUGAUGGGUGCCAAGUCCAAGUGGCUGGCUGAGGAUGUGCCUGCAGCCAGAAGUAUCCUAGCUCUGGCCUUCCAGGCUAACCCUAACAGUGAAGAGAUCUGGCUGGCUGCUGUCAAACUGGAGUCUGAGAAUAAUGAGUAUGAAAGAGCCCGUCGACUGCUGGCCAAGGCCCGCAGCAGCGCCCCAACAGCCAGGGUAUUUAUGAAAUCAGUGAAGUUGGAGUGGGUGCUGGGAAACAUAGAAGCUGCCCAGGAGCUGUGCACUGAGGCCCUGAAGCACUACGAGGACUUCCCCAAACUUUGGAUGAUGAGAGGCCAGAUCGAGGAGCAGGGUGAAAACAUGGACAAGGCCAGAGAAGCAUACAACCAAGGGUUGAAGAAGUGUCCCCACUCGACGUCCCUGUGGUUGUUGCUGUCUCAUCUUGAAGAGCGAGUGGGACAGCUGACCAGAGCCAGAGCGAUCCUGGAGAAGGCACGACUCAAGAACCCCCAGAGCCCCGAGCUAUGGCUGGACUCGGUUCGACUGGAGUUCAGGGCCGGACUGAAGAACAUCUCCAACACACUCAUGGCCAAAGCCCUGCAGGAGUGCCCCAAUUCAGGUAUCCUGUGGGCUGAGGCUGUGUUUCUGGAGGCCAGGCCCCAAAGGAAAACUAAGAGUGUGGACGCUUUGAAGAAGUGUGAACACGAUCCCCACGUGUUGCUCGCUGUAGCCAAGUUGUUUUGGAGUGAACGUAAGAUCACCAAAGCCAGAGAGUGGUUCCUCAGGACGGUGAAGAUUGACCCAGACCUCGGAGAUGCUUGGGGUCUCUUCUACAAGUUUGAGCAGCAACAUGGAACCGAGGAACAACAGGAAGAGGUGCGGAAGCGCUGUGAGAACACGGAGCCCCGCCACGGAGAGCUAUGGUGUGCCGAGUCCAAACACGUCCUGAACUGGCAGAAGAAGACGGGAGAGAUCUUAGAGCUGGUGGCCAGCAAGAUCAAGAAUACAUUCUGAGACUAAGGGAGGACAUUUGGACUCUAUACAGGUUGAGGACUCUGGCAGUCACGAGUCUAGCAGGGAACCGCAAUGGACAAGCUCAACCUGUCCGUCUCCAGAACAUACAAAGUACUGAGAUCGACCCCCUUUACAUGUUUUGUUGUUGGUCUGCUUUUUCUGAUGAUCGGCGUCAAAAUCCAAAUGUCAGCAUCUGUGGUUUGUUGAAGACUGUGAAAGAUUAAAAAUAAACUUGCAGAAAUGAAAAUGAAUAAUUUCAGUACCCUGUUUUAGACAAAUGUACGAACACACACAGUUUAUUUCCUCCUUCAACAGUUUAUUUUGGCAUGUAGGAAUCAAAUGAUCUGUAGUUGCCCUGUAAAAAAUGUGUUUGGUUAAAACAUCUAAACACCACAUUUUAGAGGAUUUUUUUAUUUUCACUCCUCGCUGUGUGGGUGUGUUGGAAGUGUAGGUUUGGCUCUGUCUGUUCAACAAGUUGUGAGUGUAUACAAACUGUCAGGGGCUAAUAACUGAUCUCUCAUGUUGUAGUGAUCUGCUAUUUUUUAAUACACUGCUUGCUUGAAAUGAGUUUGAAAAAAAUACUUUCCAGGAUUCCAAUAAACAAAGUUUGUUGCACCAGUCGCUGUUGAGCUUUGUUGUUAAACACUCUGUUAUGACUUGAUGGGCAUCACUUGUUUCUAAAUGUGGUUUAUUGCUGAGAGUUUGACCUGCACUCAUCCUCCAUGCUCCGUCGUUAUAAGAGACUCUGGGGAUUUCAUCCAGUUAAACCACCCACUGUGAAAAUGUGGGCUUUUAAGUAUUAAAUAUCUUUCAGAGAAGUGUUCCACCGCAUCCACUGCCGCUCCUCCUCGGUCUUGCAUCUCCCUGCAACGAAAUCGAAAGAGUGGAGAACAAAGUGAUUGAUUGCAGAAGUUUUCCUCGACUUGAUCGGACUGGAGUUUGGUGAAAUCCUAAACCCAGCGUCAGCGAUCCAUGACGGGGGAAGGAAACUGGAGUGUGCCGUUGUUAAUGUUGGAGAAACCCACUGGGCACUUUAUUGGAAGUCUAUCCGCCACCGUGUUAACCUAUCCACCGGAGGAAGCGUGAGAAAGUCCUGGGGUGGAGGGGUUUCGGGUGCGAUGAUCCCCGCCGGAUCAGGGGCUGAUUCCUCGGGUCUCCGUGGCGCUGACUGAGAUGCGUUUGCUCGUGUGAGGAUCCUGCAGCAGGACAUGAUAAAUGUGUCUGACCGGAUCUUCCCUCCGCAGUGUCCUGGCGCUUCUGUUGUUGGCCAAUUGUCAUUGUGGUAAACGCAGAUGUAACUAUAAAGAAAUCCUGGACUCCUACAGAGUUGUCAUCUUCGUUGAGCUGCAGAGUCUGAAUUUGACAGGCUCAACUCACACCUCCAGAGACAGGGACCCCUGUCCCCAAGCAAAGGCACGUCGCAUCCUGGUUUCAAUAUAUGGUAUGACACAGCAGGUCCGGUGUCACAGGAGCGGCGAGCAGCGGUCUGAUCUGGAGAAGCCAGUGGAGAGCAUGGAGCAGCUCGUCGUCCACAACUGCAGCCCUGAUUAUCUGGGGCGGAGAACCUCUUGUUCCACUGUCAAGAAAAUACGAGGAAAGAAGAGAAAGAGGAACAAAGUGAUCCAAGUUAUCAAGGCGUUGAUCACUUGCUGGCAGAAACUUCAGAGUGUCUACAAGCUCUCAAAGUAGCAAGUGUUGUCUCGGCCUGAUUCCUGUGAACCUGCAGCUUUCUCAUGAAGACAUCAGGUGGAUUUCCACUAUAGGUUCUCCACAUCUAACUGUGGACAUGACGUGACUUCUCCUCUAACACAAUGUCAUGAAUGUUCACUGUUGUCAAGUUCUCACUGUUUUGUGUAGUAAAACUAUUCCAGACUUUGCAUUUCCUUGUUUUUUUCCGGAAUAGUUUUACAGAAAGCACAGAUAAAGCUAAACUAAAUAUCCACAAUGCAUUAAGAUCAUUUCUGAACUCUCUUCCUGUUGUAGCCACUAUCAUGUUUGUGAUUGUAUUCAUAUGCAUGAAAUGUGCCUCUGUCACUAUAUAAUAAAAAUGUUAAUUCUUAA